UCAAUAAUAGAUCCCCUGCGCCUCACCUGACUUUUAUUUCUCUUCCCAUCUACACCGCAUCCUUUCACUUCAUCGUUAGUGGAAGUCUUUUUUCACUCCUCACAUCUCUCGGGCUACAGAAGACCAUAGGAUUUAUGCUCAGGAAUAUCUCCUUCCGCAAUUUCACUUCUACAUCUCUACCGGCAAGUUUCAUCGUGACUACAGAGUACAUUCCUUUGCAGGUUGCUAUGCAACGGAGCCUCAAACUUUUUUACGGUGACUUUUCCUUCUCGCUGCAGUCCUCUGGAAGGCGCCUCCUCGAUGGCAAAAGUGGCAUCCUGGAAGCUAAUUAAUAUCUAUUACUACCUCUGUCCCCCUAAGUUUGGAACAAGAGAAGGUGACACGGUUAUUAAUAAAAAUUUUUUGUGAAGCUCAUUUCAUGAGAAAUGGUGGAGCACCUAAAUUAAAUGGUGAUCCAUGGGCAAGGAAUGUCACACUCUCAAACCUUUAAGGAGGUUUGGUGGUCUUACCCAGUAGGUGCAUUGAGUUUAUAUUGCACAGUUCAUCUGACUUGCUGCAGGCUCCAACUUUAUGCAUAAAUAGGGUUCUUUAGUUUCUUUCAUAUGCAGAUGUAGGUCAUGUAAUGUGAGUGGAGAAUUUGAGGGCCAAGGGGCAAGGACUAUAACAUUGUAGUGAUUCAACUUAAAUUUUAAACUGGAGAUAAAACAAAGAUCUGCAGAAAGUCUCAUUCUGCUUGGAAACUGCGUAUAGUAUCUGAUUGGAAUGUUUUCUAAAUUCUAAGGUUCUGAUAUAUAAUGGUGGUGUUUGCUGACCUGGUGUGUCAAUUGUAUUCUAAUAUGCAGGGAGGAAGUAAGUGAUGGAGUGAGCUUUUAUGCUGUAUUGAUUUAAUCAACAUGGUUUUGAAAUCCUAUGAAGACAUGAAAUCAAGAAGAAGCUAAGGAAAUGAACAAAUGUGGAAAUGUUGAAUAGCACUAGCCUCAGAGGAGUGUGCUUUGUUUAGUACUUGAAUGAGUUUUUACUUUUCCACGCAAAUUUGAUUCAUUAGAACUUUCUGUUAGAUUUUUUUGAACUUUAAUGUUCAAUUUCAAGUAUGCAUUUAAUGUUUUAGCUUAAUACAUUGAAAAUGUAGCCUAUGUGAGUUACAUCUUCUCCCUCAUGUAUCAAAAAAGAUGUUUUCUUUUGCUUUAAUGUGACUGCAAAUCAUUCUGCUAUUCAUAUAUGAUGAAGUGAUGAUUCAAUUUUGUGCAAUAA